UUCCGACGCUCUUGGUCCUCCCAUUGAUUUCAGCGCCAUAUAUUUUCAAAAGUGGAUGUCGCGCACUGUAGUUCCUAUGAAAAGAAAACCGGUCUAGAAACCAGGAAAUAUUCGCGCGUACAUAACUGGAACAAGAACUUUUUUUUUUUUUAUAUUUCAUUGAUUGUAUAUCAAAUAUUUUACAUUUGUGCUCGUAAAUUCUAUUCAAUUUUAUAUAUGUAUAUAAAAUGCAUCACUGUAGACAUAACGCUAGCAAAUAGGGCAGAAGAGUGAUAACAGUUAAAAUGCGGCCGUGACCGUGAGAGUCUGCUUUUGGUAUUCUCUCUGAUUCUAGUUACAGCGCAAGGUAAAUAUAUAUUUUUAAGACAAAAAAUGGGUAAAGGACGAACAAAUAAGCCACGGAAGCACUUUGCCGAUAAACGACGUGAAAAACAAAAGAAAAAAGAAUGGGAUAAAAAUACCCCACAUAAAAGCUAUGCAGACAUCAUAAGAGAAAAUUCCGACUUUGAAUUAUAUUAUAAGACACAGAAAAUAGUUCCAGAAGACAAGUGGAACAUGUUUAUCAGCACUUUGCGGACCAAUCUUCCAGUUGCUUUUCGAAUUACUGGCUCAAAAGCUGAAGCUAAAACAUUAUUAAAGAUAAUUAAAAGUGAUUUCUUUAAAGGAAUUUUGAAUGCAAAUUUGGAUGAUGAUAAGGAAAAGUCCGAGACAAAAUCUAUAUUACAUAGUUUACCAUUUUAUCCAGAAGAACUGGCUUGGCAGUUGCAGUUAACUAGAAAAGAUAUUAGACGAUCUGAAGCUUAUUUCAGAUUACAUAACUUUCUUAUUGCUGAAACUAACAAUGGCAGUAUUAGUAGACAGGAAGUAGUUAGCAUGGUUCCUCCUUUAGUUCUGGAUGUCAAACCUUGGCACAAGGUUCUCGACAUGUGUGCAGCACCAGGAUCCAAAACAGCACAGCUUAUAGAAAUGAUACAUGCAGAUGAGGGAAAUGUUUUUCCAGAAGGUUUUGUAAUAGCUAAUGAUCUUGAUAAUAAUCGUUGCUACAUGCUAGUACACCAAGCUAAAAGACUAAACAGCCCAAACAUUCUUAUUACUAAUCAUGAUUCAUCAGUCAUGCCAAAUUUUAUAUUCACAAAAUCAGAUGGUACAAAAGACACAUUAAAGUUUGAUAGGAUACUUGCAGAUGUUCCAUGUAGUGGCGAUGGUACUAUGCGAAAGAAUCCUGAUAUAUGGUGCAAGUGGAGUCCUGUUAAUGGCAAUAACCUUCAUGGAAUCCAGUAUAGGAUUGCAAAACGAGGCUUGGAAUUGUUAGCAAUUGGAGGGAGAAUGGUAUAUUCUACAUGUUCGUUAAAUCCCAUUGAGAAUGAAGCUGUACUUCACAGGCUCCUUUGUGAGACUGGAGAUUCAGUGCAGUUAAUUGAUUGUAGAAAUUUGGUACCAGGUUUGAUAUGUGAUCCCGGUGUCACACACUGGAAACCUGCAUCUAAAAAUUUACAAUUUUAUGACAAUUGGAGUGAUGUGCCAGAACAAUGGCAGACACAAGUACGACCAAAAAUGUUUCCUCCGCAAGCGGAUGAAGUGUCUAAAUUUCAUCUUGAACGUUGUAUGAGAAUAUUACCACAUCACCAAGAUACUGGAGGUUUCUUUGUUGCUGUGCUGGAAAAAGUAGCAUCUCUUCCAUGGGAAAGUGAAUCUGGCACAUUAAAUAAGAAUGAACAGAAUUUAGGUGAUAAUGAAAACAAAGACAAACUCGGUCUUCAAGAAGAAAGUUUGCAAGAUGUAAAAUUAGUGAAAAGCGGAAAAAGAACAUUAGAAGAAGAAAAAAAAUUACGAGAGCCACAAAAAAAACGAAGAAGAGAUCUUGGUUAUAGAGAAGAUCCAUUUGUUUUCUUUAAAGACGAUACAGAAGAUGUAUGGCAGUCUAUUAAAAAGUUUUACGAUAUAUCUGAAGAGUUGAAUCCGCGAUGUCUGUUAGUAAGAUGUCACGAAGGAAAAAAGAAAAACAUUUAUUUCACAUCGCCGGCAAUUCGUGAUAUAGUAAUAUCUAACGAAAAUACAGUCAAAAUGAUUAAUACUGGUGUUAAGACAUUUGUACGAUGCGACAAUAAAAAUAUGAAUUGCGCCUUUAGACUCGCUCAAGAAGGGAUGCAAAGUAUUGUUUGUUACAUAAGUGAUAAGAGAAAGCUUCAGAUAUCGAAAGAAGAUUUAAUAAUGCUUUUACAAAAUAACGAUCCACACACACCACCUGAAAUUGUAAAAUUCAGUUCUGACACUCAGCAACGUCUCAAAGAUUUUGCGAUUGGAAGUUGUAUUUUGUUAUACAAAGAAGACAAAACUGACGAUCCAAACCAGUUGAAUCUUCAACUAGUUGGAUGGAGAGGGACAAUGUCGCUUAGAGCUUAUGUGCCUACGUGCGAUGCGAUUCACUAUUUACGGCUUUUAGGAGCAGAUUGUUCUAAAUUUGAGAAAAACAAAUUCGAGGAAAAUCGUGCAGCCGCGUUAGUUGCAUCAGAAGACGUUAAUAACAGCGAUUCUAAAACUGAAGAUUCUAAUGAAAAGUUGGUAAUGGAAAACGACAAUUGUGUGAAGAAAGUGGACGAUACUGAUUGAAAUGAAUGAAUCGUUAUUAAUGAAUAACUUAUUUGAUAAUUAAAGACUUGCCAACACUUUCUUAAUUUUUUACAUGCGUUCUAAAUGUGCAUUACAAUUAGGUGAAACGUUUAAAUUGCAUGUUUUAUUUAGCGGAAAAUACAUUCUUACUCGAUCGUGUGCGAACACGAUCGAGUGAUAAACGAUUGUUAAUAUCGGAUUAAUUUAUCAUUUAAUGAUAAAAAUUACAUGUCAUAAAUAAACUAAAUAAAAAAUA